GUUCUUUAUUUUGAAAAUUAAAAUAAUAUUUACAAAAUAAUUUAUAUUAUUUAUUAAUAAUAUAAACAGUUUAAGUGUUCGUGUUACUACUGUUACUAUCGUUAUUUUUACAAUAAAUACAAAUUUGUAAUACUUUUAAGUUAGUGUUAUAAUCGUUUAAGUAAAUAAAUAUAUCGCGAUAAAAAAACGCAAGGUGUAAAUUAAAAUUUAAUAACGCAAACUUUUAGCAAGAUUGGAUUCUGAUUCGUCGUGCAGUUGAAGAAAAGUGAAUCUUAAAUAUACCAAACUCAAUUAUUUAAAUGGAAGACUCUGAACUUGAUUCAUCCGAACUCGGCACCCAAAAGUAUUGGCGAGAAGCAUAUAUUAAGGAAAUAAACAACUUCGAGGAGCAUGGUGACCCGGGAGACGUCUGGUUCGGUGAAGAUAGUGCAAUAAGAAUCAUUAACUGGAUAUGUAAAUGCGGAAUCGACAAGGAUACGGCAAUUAUAGAUUUAGGUUGUGGAAAUGGUUACACGUUAUCGGAACUUGCAAGAGAAGGCUUCACGAAUUUAUUGGGCAUAGAUUAUUGUCCAGAGGCAAUCAUGUUGGCGGAGAAAGUUGCUAAAAGUGAAUUUCCAAUUUUGAAAUUUCAGGUCUUCGAUAUAACGAGUGACGAUGUGAGCACUUUGGGCGGGAAGUUCGGUGUCGUCCACGAUAAGGGCACGUAUGACGCGAUCAGCCUAAACCCAGAUAACCCGAAGGAGAAUCGGCAGAAAUACAUCCAAAAAAUGGUGGAUAUGCUGGAUGAAAAUGGUAUUUUUGUAAUAACGUCAUGCAACUGGACGGAGGACGAAUUAAUAAAACAUUUUGAAAGUAAAAUGAAACUGAAACAGGUAAUACCAACGCCGCAAUUCAAAUUUGGCGGGAAAGUCGGAAGCGUUGUGUCGUCUGUGGUUUUUGAAAAAAAAUAAUAUAUAUUAUUGUUAUUGAUAAGCAAUAAAAAUGAAAUAAUUAUAUAAGUACAGGCAAUUACGUAUAAUUUUUAUUUAUGAUAAAUAUUCGAUACAGACGUGAUACCGAUUUAUCAAUUUGUAUAAUAAAAAAAAAAACAAAUAAAAGAUGAGCAGUUCA